CCAUUGCUCAGUCGCUUCAGGUCACGCAUCAGCAGACAGCAAGAAGCAGGCAACAGUCAGCAAUCAGCAGGCGUUGGCUUCGUGUGAACUCUUCCGAAGACGGCGCGCGGGCGAUCGGGACUUCUAUUCGGAGUUGGCCAUCAUGCUUCGGCUGUUGCUGCUUGUGCUGGUGGUUCGGCCUGCACUGAUGGAGGUGUUCACAUCAAUAGGACACAUGAGCGAGCUGCUCGACACCGAAUCGGACCUCCUGCGCGCUCUCGACUCGUACAUCGCCGAGCAACAGAGACGCCUGCACAGCCUGAGAGCGUGGGCGGAGUCUAUACAGGAAGUCCGCCGCGCCGCGACCCUUGACCCGGAAGGGUUCCUGGGCAAUCCGGUCAACGCCUACCGGCUACUCAAGCGGCUGGGGCAGCAGUGGCGGACGCUGGACGACACGGCCAUCAUGAACCCGGCCACAGAGUUCCUAGCGAACAUAUCUGCCCAGCGUCUGCGGCUGCCCACCGAGGAGGAUGUGACCGGGGCAGCCAAGGCCCUGAUGCGUCUCCAGGACACGUACAGGCUGAGCACGCGCGACAUCGCAGACAGGAACCUACCAGGCGCGAUGUAUCGUGACGCUCUGUCUGCCCGCGACUGCUACGACCUGGGCCGCGUCGACUACACGGAGGGCGACUACCGCCACACGCAGCUCUGGAUGCGGCAGGCGCUGCGCAUGAUGCACCGAGGAGGAGGAGGAGGGGGAGGGGAGAGACGUGGGGCGGAGGGCGGAGAGGCGGAGGAGACACCGGGGGGUGGAGGAUCAGCGGUGGAGGGGGUGGAGUGGCUAACGGGGGCGGUGGUGGUGGACGAGGUGGACGUCUUGGACCACCUGAGCUUCGUGGCGUUUCAGCAGGGCAAGACGGAGGAAGCGUACGCGCUCACGAAGCGGCUGGUCAAGCUGGACCCGUCUCACGAGUGUGCCCAGGGGAACCUCGACUACUUCUCCCGGGCGCUGUCCGCCAAGCGGAAGGGCGACGACGAAUCUCACCUCCUCACCACCGGCAUCCGCAGCGACUCCUCAUCCUCCUCGUCGUCAUCGAAGAGGAGGAGGAAGGACACGAUGGGGGGAGAGAGACUCGGGGAGGAGGAAGUGGAGGUGGAAGAGGAAGUGGAUGAGGAGGUGGACGAUGGAAAAAGUGCAAGCUACAUGAAGCUGUGUCGGGGAGAGGGGAUCAAGAUGGCAGCACCAAUGUAGGAGACACUCUGCCUUCGGGGCAGCUCUCCAACGUGCCGUGGAGAUGCACCGGCGUGCGCUACACCAACAACGAGGCGUACUUCGACGUGAUAGAGGAGGUGGAUGUCAUCAUUGAUCGCUCUGGCUCCACGGUGACGGCUGAGAUUCAGGGCGUGAUUGACGCCUGUGUGAAGCUCACGGGGAUGCCUGACCUCACACUCUCCUUCAUG